UCCUCUCGUGAAGCCGUCAAAAGACAACUCCACUGAGUGUCGGUCUCGCGAGUUCUCGCUUACAAAUCUCGCGUUAUUAAGUUUUUCUUUAUAUUCACACGAAUUAUGUAUUUCUAACCGGAGAAAAUAUACAUUCGAGUUUUUCGUGUGACUGGCAUCGCGGAUCGUUGACACAGUCGUUGUAGCCUUUGAUCCGAAGCACCAUAAAUAUUCAAGACAAAAAACCGAAUAUCAGAGUCGAGAAAUCCCGCUAAUCCGACUGGAUGAGAGCUCGAUUUUCGUUAACCUUUUUUUGUUUUUUUUUUCUUUUUUUUUCCAUAAAAUAAUUAUUCUUAAGAAAAUUGUGUGGGAGUCGCGUUUUGUUGGGUCAAAGUUCGAGAGUCCGUCGCAUUCUUCUCUUUCUCUCUCUCUCUAUUUCUGUUUGUUUCUUCAUUUUCUCUCUCUCUCUCUCUCUCUUUCGCUCUCGAAUACUUCGUUUCGUCUACUUCUCGAGGAAAUUUCUCUUUAUUCGACGAAUCUAAUCGCAAUGAGCGACGAGUAGUCUCGAUAAGGUCGAGAAAUCCAUCCUGCUGGGCCAUAUUAUAAACACAUUAAGCGAUGUGGCCAGUCUUCGUUGAGGCGUUAAACGAGAAAGCAUAGUUCGCCAUUUUCGGAAGAAACAUCUCCGGACAUUAGCAUUUAAAAAAUCUGGCGAGUUUCCAGUGAACGAGAAUAAAUUUGAAUAAAAACUUGAUAGAAAAAAGAAAAAGACUAGGGAGCCGUGUGAUAACGUGAUGUCCGUGCUUUUGGCCAAUAAUCUCGUCGUGAGGCGAUUUCGCAGGACGUCGAAUCGUGGAUCGACCGGAUUUAAAUCGGUAUGACCAAAAUAAAACGUAAACAAAACGAGAAUAACACAAUUUUGUAAAUCAUCGAUACACUAAAUAUUUAUAGAAAAUUAGUGAGGCGAUCGUUCAGAUCAUAAAUCGCGAACACGCGCGUCCCUUCGGUUCUCGUCUCGGUGAUAUAAUAAUCGACUUUACGUAACUCGUUAAAGAACAAUCGUUUAAAUUUUAUAAUUCGUCAGUCCAAUCGAGUUUGAACUGCAUUUGUGCUUUUAUUCCACCGAAGGAUACAGCUCGACCACGUGACAAAUUUUAUUGGGUGGUGCGUGAUUGAAAACCUCAACAGGCCGAGCAUCUGAAGCCGGAAACAAACAUCCAUUGAGAUCUACUGAAAUUUGAAGCAGGAGAAAAACAAAAGCACGCUCAACUGGUGUCACGAAUAAUAAAUUCAUCGAGAUUCAUUCGGUUCGAUUGUCCUAUCACGUGUUUAGACACUCGACGAUACUUUUCACGCGCAACUGCAGGCUCUUGGAUUAAUAAGUCAACUCGCGGAGUGCUGCAUACGACCGAGGCUUCAAUUUAUCAAUUUUCUUUCCAUUCGAUUAAACUCACGAACGAAGUGCUUUUUUAUUUCUGGACCUCAUCAUUCUGGCGAGAAACAAAAUAUUUCAACGAACACAAAACUAUAUUUUGGAGGUCGAAGGUGAUCGAGUCGAGCAACGUGAUCGAGAAGUUUGGAGGAAUGUUCGAAUUGCAGCGCUCAAGAACCGGAAAUGUACUGGCGUCAUGCGGAAAUUUCGUAAUGUGUAAACCGCAGAAUCUGAAGAAGUAUCGUUCGCCGCAUGGGUGCCUGGGUUAACGAUCGUUACGUGGAGGCGGGAGCGGUCCUGAGGAAGCGUUACUCAAGGACAACGAGAACGACCAAGACAACGAGGAUAAAGAAGCGGUGUACAAGGUGCGAUGGUGGUGGCAUCAGUGAAAAAGCCUCGGCUACGUGCGCUUCUUCGUCGUCCCUUCAGCCGUUACGACGUCAGUUUACAAGACAGCUUUACGGCUGGCCAGUUUUACCGUUGUAUAAAUCAAGGACGAAACCAAUAAUAAUAAUACGAACGCGAUCUGCUACAAAAAAUUAAAUUAAAACGUCCCUACACACACACACACACACUCACACACUCACAUUUACACACACCCACACACACACGCGCGCGCGCACACACACACACACGCGCGCACACACGUACACGCUCACGCACACAGGCACACACGUAAAUGUACGUUGAACCUUUUCACUCAUACGAUAAAAGCAUAAUUGUGUAAACGUAAAGCGGAAAAAAGUACUGCGAGUGCGAAUCGGAGCGUAUAAAAGAAAAGAAAAAGGGAAUUUGGAAAAUUGUGCUUCGCGCGAAUGAAUGAAAUGAUUAGUUUCCGUAAAUUUUCGAUUAUAACGUAAUAAUUUGCGCGUAGUCUCGUAAGACAAGAUCCUCUUCCGGCAUUAUGAUCUUGGGGGCUUCCUCGGCACGAGGGCGCGUGUAAAACUUGAAGAGCUUCAUCCGGAGGUAAAGAAAGAGAAAUAAUAAAAUAGUUGUGCGAUAGAAAGAGCCAGACGUUUUAAACGAACAUGGCGAGCUGGGCGAAAUUCAACGGCGACGAGAGACCGAUGAUCGAGCCUGUUGUUGGCCUUGAGGCCAAGAUCGAAUGGCCCGAAGACUCGACGAGAAACCUUCGGGAACAAAAACCUCCGCAGCCCUCAUCAGUCUCGUUGAAUAAUUCGAACAACGCUAAAACUGUUCGAGAAAAGAUUGCACUGCAAAAUGUGAAAGAUGAACGAAAAUCAAUGAAAAAAAAGGAAUUAGCGGAAAAACUCGAGGUUGAUUCGAAAAACGAGAGUAACGGGGGCGAAAAUGGUUUCGUUGGGAAGGCGGAUUCACCGAUCACGGAAGAGGAGCCUUUGGAGUUGACGAACAUUGACGAAGGGACGAGAAUACUGAAGGACGAGGAAUCACCGAGAGAAAAUUUGAAAGAUUCGGUACUUUUGAUACGACGCGAAGCUAAGGAAGAAUUAAGUCGUGAAAGUUUGAAACAACAAACACCGAAGCGACCCAACAGCCUCCACGGAUCUGGGCCACCGAGUCCUCAAAAGUUCAAACAACACUAUCCAGAAACAAUGACGAGCACCUUGUUGAACGUCACCAGCGGGAAAACAUCGUCGAGAGUAAAAAAUUCACCGAGCUCGAACGGAGACAACUGCAUCGAGACCGAAAACAGUACAGAAAAAUUGGUCAACGGUAAAACAACUGGCGAAUCAACGUCCAAUAAGAGCGUACUUCAUGUACAAUUCAAUAAAGAUUCGAAUAAACCAUUGGGAACAACGAACAACGAAAAACAACAGGAACAUCCUAGUCCAUCGAUAUCGACUUCUACCUCGAGCAGUUCCGAGGAUAAUUCUAGUCUCGGACAAUUUUCCGAAGCACGACCACCCGACGGUGGCUGGGGUUGGGUCGUCGUCGCUGCCUCUUUCAUGGUAAAUCUCAUCGCGGAUGGUAUAACGUUUUCCUUCGGUGUUAUAUUUGUCGAAUUUUUAAAUUACUUUGGCGAAGGAAAAUCGAAGACGGCGUGGAUCGGAAGUUUGUUCAUGGCGAUGCCAUUGUUGAGCGGACCAGUGGCAAGCUUUUUGACGGACCGAUAUGGCUGUCGAAGAGUAUCCAUAGCCGGAAGUAUUCUGGCAACUGCCGGCUUUGUCAUAAGUUCAUUCGCCAGUUCCAUGGAAUUGUUGAUAUUUACGUUUGGCAUUGUCGCCGGUUUUGGUCUCUCGCUCUGUUUCGUUGCUGCGGUUGUUAUCGUUGCUUAUUAUUUUGACAAAAGACGCUCAUUCGCCACUGGUCUGUCCGUAUGUGGCAGUGGCAUCGGCACUUUUAUAUUCGCUCCGGUGACGCAAUAUUUAUUGGAGGAAUACGGCUGGCGCGGGACGACCCUCAUACUUGCCGGCUUGUUUCUCAACCUCGCUGUUUGUGGCUGCCUCAUGAGAGACCUCGAAUGGACCACGAUCAGAGCUAAAGCUAAGACCGCCGAACGCCGAGCGAAUCGAGAACGCAAAAGAACCACGAGGGUACAAAGUUCCAGCGCUGAUUCAUUCUCAGCCGCGAGCAGCUCUGCGAACGCAAUGAUUAUCGAAAGUCUGCGACUUCAGGACGAGGAGGACGGUGGAAAAUUGUUUUCGAGCCUCGUUUCUCUGCCCACUUUCGUGAAAAAUGGCGAAAAAGUGCCUCUCGAAGUUCUUGAACUUUUGAGCACGAGGAAAAAUGUUUAUAACGUUUUACUUCAAAAUUAUCCUAGCCUGCUCAUUUCUUCCCGAAGCUUUAGCGACUCCGAGGCCAUCAACGAGACCCCAGCGAACAAUCAAUCCGUCGAGAGACCCAACGAAUCCCAUCCAGACACCAAAGACGACAUCAAAAAGAAUGCUGUCAAUGAAAUCAUCCUCGAAGUUCCAUCCACAGAGGCGAAGCAGGACCUUUCGACGAAAGAAAAGAAAGAAAAUUCUGAUAAAAAUUGGCAACAUCAGGAUGCCGCCUACUUAUGGUGGCUCAAAAAAAUCAACCCCGAUAGUCCUCUCAAAAGAUCGGCCACCUUGGAACCACAAAGACGUUUACCGACUGCUUAUCUCAAAGAUAUUCGCGUUCACAGGCACAGCUUGACUUAUCGCGGUGCCAUGCUGAAUAUCAACAGAUACAGGCUCAGAGCUUCGAGUUGUCCUGAUAUUUAUCGUAAUUCGAUGACCACCAUCGCUAAAACGAAACUCGUAUGGUAUGCCGGACUAUGGGAAUUUUGGGAUCUCGUCGUUGAUAUGCUCGACUUUUCUCACUUUGCUGAUCUGCGCUUCUUAUUGUUUUCCAUCAGUAAUUUUUUGCUCCACACGUGGUACGAUGUGCCUUACGUUUAUCUCACCGACAACGCCAUAGAAAUGGGAUUCAGCGAGACCGAUGCCUCGAUACUCAUUUCUGUUAUUGGAAUCAUGAAUAUGACCGGUGAGAUAUUUCUCGGAUGGGCAGGUGACAGAGCUUGGGUAAACGCUUCGCUCGUUUAUGCCGUUUGUAUGAUACUGUGCGGCGCGGUAACAGGCCUCAUACCAUUGGUAAUGACGAACUACUGGGGCCUGUGCACAGUUUCCGGUGCUUUCGGUCUCUUCAUAGCCGCGAAUUACAGUCUUACGAGUAUUAUCCUGGUCGAAGUCAUAACUCUGGAAAGAUUCACAAACGCCUACGGACUUUUGCUUCUCGUGCAAGGAAUCGCCAACCUCAUGGGGCCUCCGCUUGCUGGAUGGCUGUACGACAUCACAGGAACGUACGACCUGUCGUUCUACUUGGCAGGUUUUUUCAUCGCCUUGAGUGGCUUUUUGAUGCUGGUAAUGCCGAUAAUAGAAUUUUACAGAAAAUGUAAAUCACGAACGAACAACGAGAAGCCAUCGACGAACAGGGAAUUCGUCGAAAUAAACAGCGUCUGAACAGACUUCCGACAAACUGCCUCUCCGAGCCUAGCAAUUGAAAACAAUAAUGCUUGCGAAUGACUCUGAACGAAAAACCAUACUUUGGUUCAGAGCCAAAAAGAAGAAGCAAAGAAAAAAAAUAUAGAAAUGGCAAAACGUCGAACACGAACAAACGACGAUCGCCGAUUUUCAAAGGAAUUAAAAAGAAGCAACAAACAAAAGAUGCUUGAAACAUUUGUACGAUUGUCUUCAUUGAGGAAUUGUCACAUAUAGGAUUUUAGCGUAAUUCUUCGUGACAUCACGAUUUUCGUCAACAUUCUUACGAGUAUUUGAGCUUUACGAAGAUCCUUUCUCACGCUAUUUGCGCAAAAAACAACCUCGUUAUUCAAUCGUAGAGGUAGCGUGUGUUAUUGAAAAGCGUUUACCACACUCGAAAUCUUCACUAGUAUAAUUCAUAUCGAAUUAUCGAUAUGAUCAUAAUAAUAGUACUGUUAAUACUACUAUUAAUAACAGUGAUGCUAAUGAAACGAGAAGGAGCGAGGUGAGCGUGCUCUAUGGAAUUGUCGUACGAUAAAUAUUAUAAUAAAGGUACAAUAAUAUCAUAGUCGACCAAUUAUCUCGUUUUCUCGUUGACGAGAUUUACCAUACUCUCUCGUAUGUCUAACAUCGAUUAAUGAAAAAACUCAAUAGAUGAAGAUAAAAAAAACCAAAAAUACAAAUUAAGUAAUAAACGCGUUUUUUGCGUCGCAUUAACGAGGACAAUGCGAAGAGUUAUAUGACAAUUUAGGAAGGGUUACUAACAGCGACCUCGAUACUCGUCUUUCCUCAAUUUUUGAAGGUCCUUAAAGGAAAUAAAAACAGGACGAUAAUCAUAAAACCAGGAACCAGCGAUUUCAAAUCUAGUAUUAGUCGAUACUCGAUAGCGUUGUUGUACAAAUAUAGAACGAAAAUGCUUGCGUACGAGAAGAUUCAAAGCUCGCGAGAAAAACAAAUAAAAUCGUGGCGAAUGUCAUGAACGAUCUUUACGAAACGUUGUUCACCGUUACUUUGUGCCCUUUGAAUCUGUCGACGAUCAAGAUAUUUCGAAUCUCAGGAUAUUGAAUGCUAUAUAUUCCGUUAAAUAUAUAUAUAUAUAUAUAAUAUAAAUAUAUAUUCAUUGAACGAACGCCGUCGAAAUUACUAUGACUUUGAUAAAGAUUCAUUAAUCAGUCAUAAUUUCGGGCAUAGCACAUCCUUAUUCUUGUUCUCGUCUACCUAUUCUAUGUGUUGAGAAUGUUGUAUGCGGUCUUCAUAAAUUAUCUUAUUUUAUCAGAAUUUCCGUGCUCUUAUAUUGUCAAAAUAUUGUAAAAAUCCACGAUUUUGCAAAGAAUUGGAAUCAGCUGAUUGAUCGUUUUCUUAUUAAAAUAACAAAGCAUUUCAAAUAUUCAGUUUGGUUUUGGUCAAUCUUCGAGAUAACUGCUUACAAAUUUGAAGAAUCCUGUAGUACCGAAAUCCCGAUGGAAUAAUGUACUGGACGGGAGAGAUACUUUUCGCAUGCUUGAUCGAUGAAUGCUAUUUCAUUUUUUAACAUCAUAUUCGACAAAUUAUAUUAUCUAACAAACAAAUAUUUUUUUCGUCCCGCGUGCCAUUUGUAUAAACAAAAUGGUCAAUUGACAAAUAACGAUGUUGAGAAUGGUGUAAAAAAAGAACAAGUGAACACGCUAUACUUUCUUCCACUCGUCUUGUAAUAAUUCAACAUUUCGAUGUGAACCGAUCUAACCACGAAAAUACAAGCCCACACACAUGUACCCAAACAAACCCAAACACAAUAUUCAUGUAAAUAGGCAUACAUGUAUAUAUAGCUUUUCUGUGAUGACACCAAGAUAAACCAAUAUAAAUUUUAUGAAUCUUGCAAAAAAAAAGCCCAUAGAACUUAUAAACACAUCUAUUUCAAUUACUACCGUAGCGUAUGCGCGCGCGCUCUUUUUCACUGUAGCCGCAUCAUCCGAUGACUCGGAGGGAGAAGAAAAAUGUUGGAGAAAAAGCAGUAUAUUUCUAUAAAACUUCUCUUUAAGACUAAUGAAACGUCAUCGGGAAGGGAAACGUUGAGAAGAAAAAAAUAUUUCAGUAUUUCAUUUUAUCGUUAGAGCGUAGAUACCAAUUUUGUUUUUAAUUUUUAUCGUUAUUUGUUUGUUUUUUUUUUUAAUUGGGAAGACGAAUAUACGCACGCACGUUCCACGACGGUGGCAAAUUAUUCGAGAGCGGCCUUAUCGGCGUCUUUAAAAUUUACGGAGUCAUAUUUUACUAUAAAAUGAGGAAAAAAAAUGAAAAAAAAACUGAAAGAAACAAUAGCACUGAAAGCGGUGAGCUUGAAAGAUUUCGGUUUAUUUAAACAAAGUUAAUUUUUCAACGAUCACGGAAAAGUGAUAGAAAAAAUUGUUUCUUUGGUAGAUCCAAUUAUUUACUGAUGCGACUAAAGAUCCUGUCGCGAUCGGUGUGUGGAGAUUGCAAACAAAAAACGGCGGAAAGACACAUUUUAACAUGUUGGAAAUUGGAGUAGAAACACAUUAUGCAAACAUGCUCGUUAGAGCGAGAAACAUUCAUAAUCUUUGUUGAAUCGUUUACUUCUAUCAUUUAUUUGGGUACAAGAUUAGCAUUUGUAGAAUAAUUUCGUAAGAAAAAAGGCAAAUACAGUAUCGGACAAGAUGAUUGCCUAAAUUGGAAAUUCACUCGAUUUUUGAGUGUCGUCGUAGGUUUUGACGAAUCGGAUUAUCCGGAAAAAGUAGCUGGAACAUCAGACUCACGACUAUUAACGAUUCGGGUAAAAUUUUCUCAUCGCACUCCAAAAUUGAAUAUUUCAAGAUUUGCAUAUACCUGCGACAACAAUUCCGCCGUUGUAAUCUGUUCCGCGAAUAGUUAUUCCGAAUUUAUUUAUUAUCAUCUUAAAAAUAACGAAAAAGCCAAAAAGUAAUGAAAAUUACGUAUGUACAGUUAUUUAAACACGAGAACAAAAAUCGUGGGAAUCUCUCGAAAGUGGCUUAAUUAGGAAUAUUCAUUCAGCAUGCGACCCUGGUGGCGAGAGUUAGUCAGCGACUCAAUGAAUUGACUCAAUUAUAUGCGCAACUUCUGGGCCUGAGAGGCCCGAGAAAAGUGUGCAAUUCGCUAUUUUAUUAUCGAUAGAAUCUUUGUAUUGUGUUUCAAGUCAAAAAAUGAAGAAGAAAAACAAACUUUGAAGAAAAUCUUAACUCGGAGGCUCAACGUGUUCGACUAGACAGCCACGAAUACGUGUGUGCUCUUAGGGUCGAGCGAUUAAAAUAAUGUGAAAAGUAUGAUAGACCAAGGAUGGAAAAAAUAUGCAUGCAUUAAAUCAAACAAUCAUUCAAUUACGAUAUUUAUGGGAUUAUAUAAGUCUGCGAUUUUCAGUUAAUGAUAAACAUUGUAGACUUGUUGACCAAGGCUCCUGUCACUGCGACGCCAGGGCCGAUGUUUUUAAUGAAUUAUCCCAAUACCUUAGAUUAUGGAUAUCAUUAUUACGUCUGUAGACUUACUUUUUCGACUAGUACACACUACACCACAGAGACAUGUGAGCAGCAGACACACGUGAACAUACAAAAAUACACGAAACAUGUAAAAAAAAAAAGAAAACUUGUAUUAUCAAACCCACGUGAAAUGGCGUUGAUUGUUAAUCGCCUCGUCUUAAUUCAUCAAAUCGAGAUUAAUUCCUCAUUAGAUCAGGUUUUAUCGAUAAUUAUAUAUAUGAAAAAUAAAUAUAAAAAGAGAGAGUUUGAAUGAUUAUAGUAAUUAUGAUAUAUAAGAAAAAAAAAAACAAACCAUUUUCGAAUUGUAUACAUACGUACGUAGUAGUGAUACGCGAUACAUAAAUACGAGAAAGAAAUCUAUUUCAAUUAAAAUAUAUAGAACAUAUUUUGCCUAUGUGAUUUUUAAUACCAUUAAAGCCGAAAUAUCCUUAUUUAUUGAAGAAUCAGGGGAGCAGCACGCGUGGCCCAUGCGUCUCAAACUUUCAUCCCAUCCGAUACGCGAUGGUAAACACGAGAUCUUCGAUACAAAGUACUGUGACAAAUCCUUAUCUCACCUAAUGAUGUAGAAAUAUUGCGUCAUCGUUCCAAUUCGUUUUGAGCAACGACUAUAAACGUUUUUUUUUUGUUUUCUUUCGAUAAUUCGUGUAUGCGAUAUAAAAUACAAGAAAUAAAUGAUUUUCCAAACUUUCUUCACUCAA